AUGGUUUUCAGAGGGCAAGACCCCAGCGUUAAUGUCGUAUUAUUAGAAGAUUUUGCGGCCGUUGUAGGUGUGGUUGUAGCAGGUGGUUGUAUGGGAAUCUCUUCAGCAACUAACAGCCCCCUUGCAGACUCAAUGGGUUCUUUGAUUGUUGGAUGUAUUCUAGGAUCUGUUGCUUCUUUCAUAAUAUACACUAAUGUCGCGGCUCUAGUAGGGAGAUCUAUCCCGGAAGAAAAUUUGGAUAAAAUAAAUACAGAGUUAGAAAAAGACAUAAUGAUUAGAGCAAUUCAUGACGUGAAAGGAAUUGAUAUGGGCAGUUAUUUGGUUAGAUAUAAAGCAGAGCUGGAUUUUGAUGGAAGAGAGUUAACAAGAGCAUAUUUGGAUAAGCAGAAUCUGAAUGAUUUGUUGGAGGAAAUCAAAAAAAUUGACAACAUUGAUAAAUUGGAAGACUUUAUGCUCGUGCAUGGAGAAAACAUAGUUGAUAUGAUGGGCGGUGAAAUUGAUAGGAUAGAAUUGAAAUUAAGAAAAAAGUAUCCAGAAAUACGGCAUUGUGAUCUAGAAAUACUUUAGGCUACUUAGUCUUCGAAACACAUUUUAGGUGUAAAUAUUUAUUAAUUUAUAUUUUUUCAAUUCAGUAUUUGUUGAAUUUCCCUAAGUACAUCCAAAAAACUUUUAAAUGUUUGUAUAUGAAUAAAACCGGUUUUGAUCAUCAA